CUGGGAGUGCUACAUCCAAAACAUCUCCACCUCUGCAGGAGUUUCAGAUUUACCAAGCCUGAAUUUAAUGGCCAAGAUUUUCUGUAGUAACCAAAGAGGCUGACACAGAGAUGUCAGACUUCCUCACCUCCCCCACUCCUUCUUCCCAUCCCUUCCUCAACUGUGACUACAGUGACUGGUCUCCCUCUUUCUCCAUCAUCCCCUCCGUCUACCUUCUGGCCUUCCUGGUAGGAUGUCUCGGCAACAGCUUGGUUCUGUGGGUCUACCUGGACCGAGCUGAGGGAAGAGGAGCGAGGACCAGAGGAUGGUUCUGCUGCACAAGUCCAUUGAUUGCUAACAGGAGAUGCACCCAAGACUCAUUUCCAGAGAAAAGCAAAGAAAAGAGUGGCUCCUCUACAGGAAAAAGCUACAGACCUUCCUCUCACUCCUCCUCUUCUUCCUCCUCUCAUCCUUCCUCCAACCCCCGUCCCUCCCGCUCCCUCACAGACUCCCUGAUAGCCAGUUUAGCCUUGGCUGACCUCUGUUUCCUCGUCACCCUCCCUCUGUGGGCCGUCUACACAGCCAUGGGCUACCACUGGCCUUUUGGGCAGCCUCUCUGCCAGAUCAGCAGCUUUCUCACCGCCCUCAACAUGUACGCCAGCGUCUUCAGCCUGAGUAUGCUCAGUGUGGAGCGCUACUGGGUUCUGACUGGACGCCGGCACUCCAGCCACCAUCAUCCCCGGCCGAGCUGCCCCAGCAGGGUUGUGUGGAUCCUGGGAGGGGUGUGGGUGCUGGCAGGGGUGCUUGCACUUCCUGGUUUGCUGCUGCGCUCUGUCAGGGAGGUUGAGCUAGACUCUGAAUCUGAGGAUUAUUGGCAGGAAGAGGAAAUCCACCCAACUGACUCUGGGUCAGUCUUCCUCUCCUGUCAGAUGGAUUACUCCAUGCUGAUUGGAGCAGACAUGGAGGACACAGACAGAGAAAGGGUGGAGAUGAUGUGGGCGGCUGCUUUAAGUCUUAAAUCAACUGUAAUUGGCUUCCUGCUUCCUCUUGUCAUCCUCCUGGUCUGCUACUGCUCCUUAGCCCAGCUCCUCAGCAGACACUUUGGACGGGGUCCUCGUCCUGACCGCAGGCGCCAGCGAAGACUCCUCAGGGUCAUAGUCUCUUUAGUGCUGGCCUUCUUCCUUUGCUGGCUGCCUCUGCAUGUUAACAAGACUGUUUCCAUGUUGCUGGAGUUUGGAUUCAUCCCAUACUCCUGCUUUUUAGAUCAGAUUUUACUGGCGGCUCAGCCAUACGUCACCUGUUUAGCUUAUCUCAACUCCUGCCUCAACCCUCUACUGUAUGCUGCCUGUGACCCCUCAUUCAGGAAGAGAUGCAGGGGGGCUCUAUUCAUGUUGUGCAAAGGAAGAGGGGAGGGGAGGGAGGGAAAGAAGGAGGAAGGAGAGGAAGGGAAAGAGGAAAGGAGUUCAGCUUUUCCCACGAGAACGCAGGAGGAGACAGCAAGGACAGAAGGAGAGGAGGAGAGGGAAGGAGUGGAGAAGGUGGGUGGUAUGAUUGCUGAAGCCACAUGAACCCCAGCUAAACACCCCCAAAUAAAACUGUUUCAAACCACAGACAUUACAGCACACCAGCAUUCAGUGUGGUGUAGUUUUGUCCCAGUGUUAUUUGUCAAAAUAAACAUAAUGCCAUAUUGCAAAGUGGCCUCAUUCUGCAGAAGGUUUUUCUGUUUUUUUCCAAAAUGAAGCUUCAUGGGGUAGUGAACAUCAUCUCUUGUCUGUACAUUUUUCCCACAGAAAAGAAUUCAUCACUUUUGUAAAGAAAGGCAAACCCGGAAAUGAUCUCCUGCCAGAUCAAAUGUUCUAAUGCCAUCUGAUCCGAUUUAUGUUGGUUCUUCUCCAUGCAUUUUGUAAUGAAUAUUUACUCUGAGAUGUUUAUUGAUUUGUG